AUGAAAAAGCAAGUGUCCUUUGCAACAACAACAUCAAAAGAGGAUGAACCAGCUAAAAAGUCAACAACAACCUCUACAUUAUCAACAACAUCUCAAGGAUCUAAAGGUUUAAAUUUAAAAUCUCUUGCCAGUAAAAAGAAGAGAAAACUCAUCGGAAGUGAAGAUGAUGAAACUAAAAAACCAAAAUAUGAAUCCAUCUCUAUUAUGGACAAGUUGAGAAACAAAAUUCUUUCAAACAUUGACACAACACCAAAAGGAAACAAAUUCAUUAUGGAUCCAUUUGCUACCCAAUUAAAAGUGGAUAUUUCAUCAAAAGUCACACAACAACUCAAUAUUGACGAUUACAAAUUGAAUUUACCAAAAUAUCACUUUAAAACAAGCAAUCCAGUAUUUAUUGAAUAUCGUACCAAUGAUUUGAGUGAUAAUUCCUAUCAAAAACUUUGUGUAUGCAUUGAUUUUGAUAAGAAAGUUAAGGAUGUUUGGUAUCAUCAUUUCUAUAGACCUUGGGAAUCAAAAGAAUUGAAGGAAUUUAUUGAAACAUCAACGGAAACAAAGGUUGUUGAGACCAUUAUUGAUGAUACACCAAAUGGUGACAAAGCUUUGGUUUUGGGAGAUGUCAUUCAAUUUAUUGGAACAAAAACAGAAGAUGAACUCAAUCAACUCUACAAGAGUUUCACAAAGGAAGAACAUGUCAAGAAGGUAAUCACCACAGCAGACAUUAAGGAAAAUGAUAAAUUGGAUGAUAUACUCCUCACGGAAACUGAGACUGUCAAAUUCCAAUUCAAAGAUGAAGAUACACCACUUUCUCUUGGAUCCACUUCAAUAAUGGAAAAACUCAAGAGAGACAAAUCCUAUACAUUGAAUGAGCUCUUGGUUGAAGAUGAUUUGAUUAGAAAAUGGAAAGAUUACCUUCAAGAAGUUCAAGGUGAAGAUGAUGCUUCACGUUUCUAUACUCCAAAGACUUCCCUUCGUUCAAAGAUUAAAUCUGGUUCUACCUAUUCGAAUCCAAAAAGUACUACUCCAUUGACUCAUUUCAGAGAUGAUUUCCAAGGUAGAUUAUUUACCAUCAUGAAUGAUUAUAGAGAUUUGUACUUCCCUAAUUGCACCCUCGAUAAUCAUAGAGUUUGUGUUGAAACUUAUACUCUUCAUAUUGUGAAUCACUUGUUAAAAACAAAGAGAUAUGAAUGGUACAAUGAUACAAAGAGAGAAUUCUACAGUAAGGAGCAGUAUACAGUGAAGGAUGAUUCUUAUAACACUUCAAAGAUUUUGGUUCUCGUUCCAAAUCGUUUUGUUGCCUUCUUGAUUGUUGAAUUGAUUUCAGAACUCAUUCCAAAACUUCUCUCCACAAGAAGAAAGGAAGCUUUCGAAUUGACUUUUGAUGCUGAUGAAGAGGAUGAAGAACUGAAAAAGUCUAAACCACUUUGGUGGCAAAAGAUUUUCGAAGGUAACACCAAUGAAGAAUUCAGUUUGGGUGUUAAAUUGAAGGAUCAUCAUGGUCAAUUGGAAAUUAUGGCUCCAGUUUCAGAGGCUGACAUUAUCAUUGCCACACCAAUUGGUAUUCAACAGGAAAAUAUUUCAGACAGAUAUGAAAGAUUUUUAUCUUCCAUUGAAGUUUGUAUUAUUGAUCAAUGUGACAAACUCCUCAUGCAAAAUUGGGAACACGUUACCAAGACAAUGGAUUUGGUGAAUGUUGAAGAACAGCAAAAGUUUACCUUUGAUCUCGAUUUUGACAUUUUGAAAGAAUAUCACAUUCAAGGAUUAUCCAAAUACUUUAGACAAACACUUAUUUUCAGCAGUCAAAUGAGUCCAGACAUUAAUGGUCUCGUUUCAAAGUAUUGUAAAAAUUUCAGAGGAGUUGUUAAGGUUAGAUCACUCUAUGAUGGCGUGAUUGGAUCUAUUUUCGGACAAAUCCCACAAAUCUUUGAGAGAAUUUCAACUCAAGAUCCAGCUCAAGUUGAUGAGGAUCGUUACAAUCACUUUGUGAAUACAGUUUUCCCAAGAUUUAAGAAUAGUGUUGAUGGAAGAUUUUUAAUUGUAGUUUCUUCAUAUUUGGAUUUUGUUCGUUUGAGAAAUUUCUUUGAUAUGUGUAAUAUUCCAUUCCACGGUAUUUCAGAAUAUACUGAAAAGACAAAGAAUGUCCUCACCAAAUUUAGACAAGAUUGUGCCAACUUUUUAGUUUAUACUGAACGUCACUUUUAUUAUCAUGCUCCAAAAUUGUCAGAUUUCAAGAUUAAUCAAAUUGUUUACUAUUCACUUCCAGAAAAUGCUUUUAUUUAUGAAAUAUUUGCCAAGAAGGCCAUCAAUAUUCGUACUCAAUAUCCAUCUUGCAGAAUUUUAUCACUCUUUAGUACUUUUGACGCUUUGAAAUUGGAAAGAAUUGUUGGAACCAAACGUUGUAAACAUUUACUCUCCACAGACACUGAUAUUAACUUGAUUGACAAAUAAAUUACAUAAAACUUUAAUUG